GGACUUAUUUUAGGACGUGUUAGAACACCAGGCAGAGCGCCGCGCACGCAACCAACCCGGCUGCCAGAGAAAGAGCGAGCGGCGCGUUUGUCGGAACCAUGUUCGACCGAGCUGAGUCAGUUUUUUUUUUCGGACUGGAAAAUGAUUGCACUGUCACGAGCCUUCGCAACGUGCAAGAUACAACCGGGAUUUGCGUCCGCGCGUUCCAAGGGCGCAUUCCACGCGCGAUACUGUGUUGUAGCAACAUAUUACUCUAUCCGUGCUACAGAACUAGUCGCAUGCGACUAGCAGACAUUCUGAGGCAGAGAGAGAGUCUUGUCAUGUCCGAGGGAGUCAAGGCGUCUCGCUUCCGUCGUUCAAUAAUGGCUGAAGGCUCCGGGAAGCCCUACUGCUGGCCGCUUUUGGAAGCGCGAUUCGCGCUCCUCGUUCUGUGCGGCCCUCCACACACCUAGAGGGAGGUCUCUAUUUCGUGUUCGACUCGUGCUCGUCUGGGCACGAAGCGCACAGGUUCCAGACAUUAUAUAUCUGCGACAGUACCGCGUACUAGUACUACCACCAGUCGCACUACUGCCUGCUCUCUGCCGCGAAAGGAGAACCCACUGUGCUGUGCUAGUCCCCUGCCCUACUCCUACUAGGAGUCCCCCUACCAUCUGCUGCGCCGCUGACCCACUUUGACACUCACUCGUCCCUCGUCCCGCCAAGUCGCGUCCGCUUGAUCGCAUCCAACGCGCGCUCACCCCCGUCUUCAUCCUCCGGAUCGGAGCAUCAACGCGCGCCCGCGCUGCUGAAUCGGCAGCGGCAGCAGCGGCGAGCCGCCACGGAAUGGCGCGGGCUGACUCAGGCUAGGCGGGGUGCAGCGCGCGCUGCCACCCGCUUGGUGCCUCGCCAUCCUUGCCGCAUCCGCAUCCCCGGGCCUCGCGAGGGUCCACGCCGCAGCCGCCGCCGUGCGCUUGGAGGUCACGCAGGGUCGUAUGGGACGCGCCCUCGUGCCCCGUGCGUUGCUCCUGCUCCGCCACCCCUUCACCACCGCGUGCCGCUCCACCCACCCACGCGCAGGGAAGCAUGCAGCAGGCGCAGCAGCAUGAGGCGCACACGCCCUCCAUCCGCUCCCUGCCCAUGCCUCUCCACACGCAUGGCUGUCCCGGCCCCCGCCCUCACGCACCGCAUUACAUUGACACUCGCAAGCAAGGGGCACACUCACAGCAAGGGAAACCAGUACCACCAGCACCAGCAGCAGCAGCAGCAGCAGCAGCAAGCACUGCAGCAGCAGCAGCAGCAGCAAGCACUGCAGCAGCAGCAGCAGCAGCAAGCACUGCAGCAGCAGCACCAGCAGCAGCAGCAGCAGCAGCAGCAAGCACUGCAGCAGCAGCAGCAGCAGCAGCAGCAGCAAGCACUGCAGCAGCGUCCCUCAAUCAGCCAGCCGUGCUGCCCUCUAGGCCUCCCCACACCCAUCCCCUCUGUGCCAAGCCAACGGCACGAGUCAAGCUUUUCCAGCCCCCCUCCCUCUCCCCUCCCAGGGAAGUAGCCCGGCUAUACCCCAGCAGCAGCAGUGGGGACACAGCUGCACACUCAUUCCCCCACACCUCCGCAAUGUCCUAUCAGUCUGCCGUCCAUGCGCCCUCCACCGCCCAUGAAUCCCAUCCUGCUGCACGCCCUCCCUUCGCUGCUGCUGCCGCUGCUGCUGCCCCCCGUGCGUGGCUCAGGCCCCCAAACCGCCUGCCUAGAUCGCUCCCCCUGUAUGCUGCUGCCGCUGCACUGCCCACACGUCGUGCUGUGGCGAACUCGCUGAGGGCGUUUGAGUCGGGGGCGUCGCACAGCGCACAGAGUGGCCUGGCAGGGCACUAUGUGCGGUGGGCGAGGGAGGACGGGGGGUGUGAGAGGGAACACCAGAGGCGCGAGUACUUCAGGCACCUGGAGAGGCAUGCGAGAGAAUGGGUUGAGGAGGCCAGGCGACAGGGGCAGAGAGGGAGUGAGGGCCAGGGCAACCCGUCAUGGCCCAUAAGGCCUCCCUAUCCGCCACCGCCACACAGCCCCUUGCGUGACCCCGCCACCCUCCCAGCCUCCUCCUGCUCGUCCCCAUCCCGGCCGCUGGGUCUGGUGGCGGCGCACUCGCUGCACGACCUGAUGGUCAUCCGCGCCCUGCACUCCGCCCUGCUGCGCCUGCCCCGCCACUCCCUCGGCACUGCGCUCGGCAUAAGAACCAGAGCAGGCCAGCUUACCUCGGUCCCCGCUAUAAUUGUCUUCGUUUCCUGUAAGGUGCAUCAGCAGUGGGUUCCUGAAGGGCAGUUGCUGCCACGUCAGCUUGUGGGCCCCACAGGAGUGUGGUGUGACGUGGAUGUGGUGGAAUUCUGCUACACUGACGCCCCUGUUCCCACCUGCACGCCAUACUUCCCACCUCCUCCCCCUUCUCCCGAUCCUCCUGUCACUGCUGACUCACCAGAGGCUGUUAACGUUACUGUUGCUGUUGCCAUGGCUCAUGCUGACGGUGCUGCUGCUGGUGUUGGCGUUGGUUUUGGUUUCCCGAAUCCCGGGGCGAGCCAAGAAGUAGGAAGAGGUGGCGUGGGGAGCGCCAGGGAGAGCCAGGGAGGGGCAAGCGAGAGGGGCGCGCACAGCAGCAGAGCUGCACCGUUGGACGAGAUGACGGGCGGCGUGGGGGAGGUGGGGCCGGGGUCGCAGGUAGCGAGCGAGGGCACGUACGGGACGCUGACUGCGGUGGUGGUGAGCACUCGCGGGGAGGGCGCGGUGGGCGUGGUGACCAACCGGCAUGUGGCGGUGGACUUGAACCAGCCGCAGCAGGCGCUGCACCACCCGCUGCCGCCCAGCCACGGGCCCGGCGUGCUGCUGGGGCUGGUGGAGCGCGCGGUGUCGUUCGUGUCGGACUGCGUGUGGUACGGCAUGUUCGCCACGCCCAACACUGAGGCAUACGUGCGUGUGGACGCGGCGUUUGUGCCGUUCCACCCGUCGCUGGACGUAUCCAUCAUCACGCCUGCGCUGCGUGGGCUGGGUGCCGUGGGGCCGCCGUGCGACAUCUCCCUGCACGACGCCAUUGGCUCCAUCAUCAAUCGCCCCGUCUGCAAGGUAGGGGCGACGUCGGGCGUGACGCGGGGGCGCAUCAUGGGGUACGCGGUGGAGUACAACGACGACCGCGGGCGCACGCUCUUUACGGACUUCCUCAUCCUCGGCGAGCACGGCCAGCCGUUCGACCAGAAGGGCGACAGCGGCAGCCUCAUCCUCGCAAUGCCAACUCGUGAAGGGGGUUCUACGGAAGGCCGUGAUCGCACGGAUGGCGACAGUGUGCUUCGACCAAUCGGCGUGAUCUGGGGGGGCACUGCGAAUCAAGGGCGGCUGAAACUGCGGCGGGGGCAUGCACCUGAGAACUGGACAAGCGCCGUGGACGUGGGGAGACUGUUGCGACUGCUUGACCUGCGAAUGAUCACGACACCCGAAGAGCUCAGAGCCUUGGUGGUGGAGCAUCCCAACUCAUUCUCAACUGGUGUUGAGGUGUUCAGUUGUGAUUAUGGGGAGCCUUCAGGAUUUUAAUACAAAUCAUUGGUGAUGUUACGAUAAAGAAAUGCCGUUAGGCAUUCCUGAAAGUAACACAGGUUCAGAGUACUACCGGCACCUUCAGCGCGGUAUAUCCCCUAUCGGGUACGCGCCUCAGUCAGUUGCAAAGUGCAACAGUCAUCCGUGUGGACCAGCAACUCAACAGACAGUCGAAGUCCAAGAGUCAAGAGUCCAGGUGGACCGACACGACAGUAAGACAAGCAGGCUGUACCGACCUUGACAGUACACAGUUACCUGAAUCGUGUACGGUUACUGAUUCAUAUAUCGGCCAAGGGAAUGUACCCCUUCGGAGUACAUGGCUAGCUAGGACUCUCAUCUUCCUAUGUACUAUAUCAAGCUUGUAUUCCUUUGAUUUUUGGUAAUAAACUUGGGGCAUACCG